AUGCUUGAAGCAAAAUAUCCACCUUUGCUGUUUUUUGUCACCAUAUUAUUGAUGGUGAGCUGUCACAGCACUGGACAUGCCACUGAACAAGGUGCCGAAUUCGGUGAAAAUGCUGCUGCUGGCAAGCUGGAAACAUUCGAUUUCACCUAUAACUCAACCAAUAUCACUCAUUUCGCUUAUGGAAUUGCUGCAACUGUGUUUUCUAUGCUGUUGUAUGGGAGCAACUUUGUUCCUCUCAAAAGAAUAGAGACAGGAGAUGGUAUGUUCUUCCAGUGGAUAACCUGUGCAGCGAUAUGGCUUGUGUCUAUGAUUGGAGACUUGAUGCUUCAGUCGCCCAAAUUCUACCCUUUUGCAAUGCUUGGAGGUGUCAUCUGGGCCACAGGCAACGUAGCAGCUGUUCCAAUUGUUAAAGCGAUUGGCCUCGGUCUCGGGAUUUUAAUUUGGGGAUCUGCUAGUCUGUUAAUGGGCUGGGCCUCUUCAAGGUUUGGCUGGUUCGGGAUUGUUGCUCAGGAUGUUUCCAGGCCCAUAUUAAACUAUUGCGGAGCCGGGUUGUGUCUGCUCAGUGGCCUGAUCUUCUUCUUCGUGAGAACAGACGUGGAACUGCAUCUUAACUCUGAACCAAUUCCAUUACUUAGUGACAGGAGAACGUAUUCAGACAGCUAUGGACCAAGAUCCUCAGAGUUCUGGAUAGAUGUCAUCAGGCCGAAGACCAGGAGGUUCAUCGGCUGCCUGCUGGCCGUGCUGUCGGGCCUGAUGUACGGGUCCUCCUUUGCACCCAUCCUCUACAUUAAGACCCAUUCAUCGUGCCAUGACAGCAUGUUCCAUGGAGCCAGUGUCUAUGACCUGGACUAUUUUUACGCCCAGUGCUGUGGCAUCUUUGUUGCAAGCACAGUGUACUUUGCCAUCUACUGCGCUGCCAUGAAUAACAGGCCCAGGAUCUACUCCAGAGCCAUCCUGCCAGGUCUAUUGUCUGGACUGAUGUGGGCAUUGGCCACGUACUGCUGGUUCCUGGCCAAUAACUACCUGAGUGCGGUCAUCACCUUUCCUAUUGUCAGUGGUGGAUACGGUCUGGUUGCAGCACUGUGGGGGUCCUUGGUGUUCAAAGAGAUUAAGGGGUUAACCAACUGCUUCAUCUUCUUCUUGGCCUCCUGUGUCGUGCUGACCGGCUCUUUGUUGACCGCCAUCUCAAAGCUCUAA